AUUCACACUCACAAAAUGUCACCCAAAUCCAAAUCGCCGGCGACGAACACCGUCGCCGUCGGACUACUCAUUCUCGUAAUUUUACUAUCAAACCACCACCGUAACUGGACUACUGCUGCUGCUGCUGGUAGCAGCAGCAGUAGUCCGAUAAAAACGGUGGUGGUUUUGGUAAUGGAGAACAGAUCGUUCGACCAUAUGUUAGGUUGGAUGAAGAAGAUGAAUCCAGAAAUCAAUGGCGUCGAUGGGUCGGAAUCGAAUCCGAUUUCGACAUCGGAUCCGAAUUCCCGUCGAAUUUUCUUCGGAGAUCAAUCACAUUAUGUUGAUCCUGAUCCAGGACAUUCAUUUCAAGCUAUACGUGAACAGAUAUUUGGAACAAAUCAAAGUUCGAAAAAAUUAGCUCCGAUGAAUGGAUUUGUUCAACAAGCUCUUUCAAUGGAUACUAAUUUGCCUGAACAAGUCAUGAAUGGUUUUCAGCCUCAAAUGGUGUCAGUAUAUAAAACUCUAGUAUCGGAAUUUGCGGUGUUCGACCGGUGGUUUGCGUCGGUGCCAGCGUCGACUCAGCCGAAUCGACUCUACGUUCACUCCGGCACAUCUCACGGCGCCACCUCUAACAUCGCGGCGCUGUUAGCUAAAGGUUACCCACAAAGAACGAUUUUCGAGAAUCUCGACGACGCCGGAGUAAAUUUUGGAAUUUAUUAUCAGAAUAUUCCGGCGACUCUGUUUUACCUGAAUUUGAGAAAGCUUAAGUACGUCGGAAAAUUCCAUCCUUAUGAUCUCACAUUCAAAAGUGAUGCUAAAUCAGGAAAACUACCAGGAUAUGUUGUGGUGGAGCAGCGAUACAUGGACUCAAAGUUAAUACCAGCUAACGAUGAUCAUCCAUCACACGACGUUUAUCAGGGACAAAUGUUCGUAAAGGAGGUAUAUGAAACCCUAAGGGCAAGCCCACAGUGGAACCAAACCCUUUUCAUCAUUACCUACGAUGAGCACGGUGGGUUCUUUGAUCACGUCCCUACACCUGUCACUGGGGUCCCUAGCCCGGAUGGAAUUGUAGGACCCGAACCGUUUAACUUUGAGUUCGAUAGGUUGGGAGUUCGAGUUCCUACUAUUAUGAUCUCUCCUUGGAUUGAAAAGGGCACAGUUGUUCAUGGUCCUAAUGGGUCUCCGUUUCCGACGUCGGAAUAUGAACAUUCAUCAAUUCCAGCAACAGUGAAGAAGAUCUUUGAUUUGCCAUCACCAUUUCUUACUAAAAGAGAUGCAUGGGCUGGCACUUUUGAACACAUUCUACAGAUAAGAAAGGAGCCUAGAACUGAUUGUCCUGAAAAGCUUCCAACUCCAACAAAGAUAAGAAAGGGAGAAGCAAAUGAAAAUAAAAACAUAAGUGAAUUCCAGGAAGAACUAGUUCAACUCGCCGCGGUUCUAAAAGGAGAUCAUCUACUAACAAGUUAUCCAGAAAAGAUAGGCAAAGGAAUGACUGUAAGAGAAGGGAAAGCUUAUAUGGAAGACGCGGUUAAACGCUUCUUUGAAGCUGGAUUUGCUGCCAAGAAAAUUGGUGUUGAUGAAGAACAAAUUGUACAAAUGAGGCCUUCACUCACUACAAGAUCAUCAUCUACUAAUUUGCAACCUUAACAUAUAUGUAAUCAAAUGAAAUAAUGUACAAAUAUGGUAUUACUGAAGCCAUAUUAUGAUGUAAUUAUAUGGUUCAAAGGUGCACUAUAAUCGAAAUUAUUUGAGCUCGAUCAUUGCUGUUCUGGAAA